AUGAUUGAAGAAAGUGCAACUAAGCGGAAGACUAUGGCAGAGAAGAGACAGCUGUUCCUAGAACUGCGUGCUCAGAAUUUUGAUGUCAUAAGACUAUCAACCUACAGAACAGCUUGCAAAUUACGAUUUGUACAGAAACGAUGUAACCUUCAUCUUGUUGAUAUCUGGAACAUGAUUGAAGCCUUCCGAGAUAAUGGCCUUAAUACACUAGACCAUAACACUGAGAUCAGUGUGUCCCGCCUUGAAACUAUCAUCUCAUCAGUCUACUACCAGCUGAACAAACGCCUGCCUUCUACACACCAGAUCAGUGUGGAACAGUCUAUCAGUCUCCUCCUCAAUUUUAUGAUUGCUGCAUAUGACAGUGAGGGCCGAGGCAAGUUGACGGUAUUUUCAGUUAAAGCUAUGCUAGCAACCAUGUGUGGUGGAAAAAUGCUGGACAAAUUGAGAUAUGUUUUCUCCCAGAUGUCAGAUUCCAAUGGCUUAAUGAUAUUUAGCAAGUUUGACCAGUUUCUGAAGGAAGUUCUGAAGCUCCCAACAGCUGUCUUUGAAGGGCCAUCUUUUGGUUACACAGAACACUCAGUCCGCACCUGUUUUCCACAGCAGAAAAAGAUCAUGCUGAAUAUGUUUCUAGACACAAUGAUGGGCGAUCCUCCUCCCCAGUGCCUUGUCUGGCUCUCUCUCAUGCACAGGCUUGCCCACGUUGAGAAUGUUUUCCAUCCUGUGGAGUGUUCCUACUGCCGGUGUGAGAGUAUGAUGGGCUUCCGGUACCGAUGCCAGCAGUGCCACAACUACCAGCUCUGCCAAAAUUGCUUUUGGCGUGGCCAUGCCAGUGGCCCUCACAGCAACCAACACCAGAUGAAGGAGCAUUCUUCUUGGAAAUCCCCUGCAAAGAAGCUGAGCCAUGCACUUAGUAAAUCUUUGGGGUGCGUACCCACCAGAGAACCCUCACAUCCUGUUUUUCCUGAGCAACCAGAGAAACCACUUGACCUUGCACAUAUAGUUCCUCCUCGACCUCUGACUAAUAUGAAUGACAACAUGGUUAGCCACAUGUCCUCUGGAGUGCCCACUCCCACCAAGAGGUUACAGUAUAGCCAAGAUAUACCCAGUCACUUGGCCGACGAGCAUGCGCUGAUAGCUUCCUUUGUGGCCCGUCUGCAGCACUGUGCACGUGUCCUGGACAGUCCUAGCCGACUGGAUGAGGAACACCGGCUUAUAGCUCGCUAUGCUGCCCGGCUGGCUGCAGAGGCAGGAAACAUGACUCGUCCUCCCACUGAUUUGAGCUUUAAUUUUGAUGCCAACAAACAACAAAGACAGCUUAUUGCAGAACUGGAAAACAAAAACAGAGAGAUCCUACAAGAGAUUCAGCGUCUGCGUCUGGAGCAUGAGCAGGCCUCCCAACCCACUCCCGAGAAGGCCCAGCAGAAUCCCACAUUGCUGGCCGAAUUGCGACUGCUGAGGCAAAGGAAAGAUGAACUGGAGCAGAGAAUGUCGGCACUGCAGGAGAGCAGGAGGGAGCUGAUGGUUCAACUGGAAGGGCUAAUGAAGUUACUGAAGGAGGAAGAGCAAAAGCAGGCAGCUCAGGCCACAGGAUCACCACACACAUCACCCACUCACGGAGGUGGCCGCCCAAUGCCCAUGCCUGUACGCUCCACAUCCGCUGGCUCCACCCCCACGCACUGCCCCCAGGACUCCCUGAGCGGGGUUGGGGGAGAUGUGCAAGAGGCCUUCGCACAAGGUACAAGAAGAAACCUCCGCAAUGACCUACUGGUGGCAGCUGACUCCAUCACCAAUACCAUGUCAUCCCUGGUGAAGGAGCUCCAUUCAGGUGAAGGUGGCUCAGAGGAAGAAGAGGAGAAGAUGCAGAAUGGGAAAGACCGAGGUAAAGGCAGCACAGUAGGACCCCUAAUUUUUAUGGAGAGCCAAAGCUGUAGCCCAUGA